AUGCUUCCACUAAAGCUGGUUCGUUCUCUGGUCUUAGGGGAAACCAUCAACCACAACCCUCAUCACUUACUAACCCAAAAUCACCACCAUUGCCACACCCAUGAUGAUGACGAUAGUGAUGGCGAUGGUGAUGAUGAUGAAGCCCGUGGUACAUCCCAACCCCACCAUCAUAGAAGAAGGAGUAGUAGUAGAAGAAGAAGAAGAAGAAGAAGAAGGUACAAAAUCCCAGCUUUGAUAUUUCUCCCUACCAAAGAGAUUAUUAGAGACACAUAUAGGCUUGCCACCAUUGCAAGAGACUUGGGUUUGGACUUGUACCCUACACCGUCACUCUCUCACAUCAUCUUCUCAAACCCAUCAUCAUCGUCUUCGUCCAAACCCUCAUCAUUAUCCUUUUCCUCUACUUCCUGCUCCCUUCAAAACGACGCCGUUCCCAUUCCAUUCCCUUCCCUCUCCGCAACCCCACUCACCCACCUUCGCUGCUUCCUCACGCUCUCGCCACGCGCCUUCAAGAUCGUCCUUUUCAGCUCCGACCACCAUCCCGACGCUUCCGCUGGCUUCGGCAACGCCGGAAACUGGGACUGCGGUUCUUUCUCUCUCUACUCGCGGGUCCUCGGCCACCGGGUCGGCACCAUGGAAGAGUUUUGCCGAAUCCUCGCGGGAAAAGGUUGGAGCUUUUACAAAACUAAGAAAAACCCUACUUCCGAUCAGCGCCGCGGCAGCGCUUUCUACCUCUUCAGAAGGGUGGAUGUAAAUCGGGUUCGGGUCGGAGCACCGGUGGAUGAGGCAUGCAGAGUGAGGGAGUUGAGGCUGCCACAUUUAGAUUUUGGAAAUGCUCCGUUGAGGAUUUUGCAGUAUAUUUUGUUGAUGACUGAUGAUAUCUUCUGUUUGGCGUGA